AUGCAUCAAUUAAUUACUUUUCUUUCAGCAAUCGAUUAUCUCAGCUUUUCAUACAUCAAUAUUUUCUUCUUUGAAAAAUCAGUAAUCAUGCGUAUGAUAUCGGUCAACUUUAUUCUAUGUCUAUUAAUUGUCUUGAUUGGUAUUGCUGUUUCAUCAAGUUCACCCACCGAUAACGAUGAAAGUACAGCACCAGCUGAUUGGAAUUACUUCGAUGCUUAUUAUCCAUAUCAUCUUCUUAAAGCUCGCGCUGCUAAAUCACGAUUUUGGAAACGUUCGCCUCAUCGUAAAUUUUGGAAACGAUCCUUAUCUGAAUUGGCCAUGAACAAUGACGAUAUGACUGAAUUUCAAUAUGGUCAAGAUCAACAACAAGAAAAACAUUAA